AUGCGUGAAAAUCCCGAUGACGUGAGCCCGCAAGUAUGGAAAGAGUGGAUCCUGGAGGCGAUACGACGAAUCCGGUUCCAAAAGCAGCGGCCUAGCAUUCAGCGCAUUUGUCAGGCCAUCGGCAGUCAUCACAAGUUCCACGAGGACAUCGUGGCGGAAAAGUUGGAGGAAGCGGUGGAGGCCGGAUCAGUGCUGAAGGUGUACAACAAGGGACUGCAUUCGUACAAGGCGCCAACCUCAACCCAGCGGCGUGUGAUCAACGUCACGAACGAAAGCAACCUCUCCCGGUUGGUGGCGAAAGCCGUUCGGGAUUUGGGCGAGUUCGAUGGGUCCUCGCAGAAGUCGAUCGAAAAUUAUGUACAGCAGACGAACAACCUGCACAUAUCUACCGACACCGACUACAAAAACGUCAUCCGCAACUCGAUCCGCAUCGCCCUCGGCGAGGAUACGAUAAUGCAGGAGGGACGGUUGUACAAACCCGGGCCCGUUUUCAAGCCCAUCGGGAAGCGGAAGUCGACGUCUCCCAAAAAGCGAGGCGGCAAGCAUUUAGAUCGCUCCGUCGAGGGAAACAUAUGCGUCGUGUGUCAGGAAGCGGAAAACAACGGGUCUGAUGAUGAAGGUGAACCGCUUACUGUGUGUAGCAGUUGUGGUGCUGGUUUGCACGACAGCUGCGCGAUCGGACAUGGUAGCAGGACCGUGACACUAUCACGCCUACUGGAGAUGGGCAACGUUUGGCACUGCGAGGAGUGUAAGGUGUGCGAUGCGUGCUCGAAUCAGGAUGACGACGAAGAUGGCGUUAAAGGUGUUUGUUUGUUGGAUUGCUGGAGCUGUAAGAAACAUUUUCACCUUUCCUGCCUCAAUCCGCCACUAUCCGAGAUGAAGAAGUGCAAAUCCGCCUGGAGAUGUACCGAUUGUUUAAAUCAAUCUAGGGAUAGCGACCGAAAAUCCGGUAUAAUGCGGCCAGUCUCCAGCGACAAGAAACGGAAGAGGUUGCUCACUGGCGAAAAAGAUUCAAAGGGGAGCUUAGAAGCCAUCUGUCUACCAGUACCUUACAAAAAUCCUUACGAUUCAGCCAAUGAGGAUGCGAUUGAAAAACAAACCCUUCCCGAAGGUGUUACGGCGCAAGAUGCCGAGCUGUACAAGUAUGUUCGUGAUCAGUCAACCAAGAUCGUCGUCGGCGUGUCGAAAGUGAAUAAACAACAUAACAACAACAAUAGCGAGCGCGCAAGGCAUUUUUCUCCCGAUCGACCCAGUCACCAUAGCAGCAAUCACCAGCAUCAUUCUCAGACCGCGAAUAGUAUUCUUCAGCAUUCUCCAUCGAAACUUAUGGCAGCGCAGGAUCGUUGUCCGGCAGCGAUUGAGUUUGGCAAGUUUGAAAUCGAAACGUGGUAUUCAAGCCCCUUUCCGCAGGAAUACGCAAGGCUACCUAAAUUAUUUUUGUGUGAAUUUUGUUUAAAGUAUACCAAAAGUAAGGCGGUUCUUCAACGGCAUCAAGAUAAAUGCUCCUGGCGUAACCCUCCGGGGACGGAGAUCUAUCGACACGAUGGCGUAUCCGUGUUCGAAGUGGAUGGAAAUGCGAACAAAAUUUACUGUCAGAAUCUGUGCCUCCUGGCGAAGCUUUUUCUCGAUCACAAAACUCUCUACUACGAUGUGGAACCGUUUCUGUUUUACGUGUUGACGCGUUACGAUCGUAAGGGCUACCAUCUGGUAGGGUACUUCUCGAAGGAAAAGCACUGCCAGCAAAAGUACAACGUGUCGUGCAUCAUGACGAUGCCGCAGUACCAGCGACAAGGCUAUGGUCGGUUUCUGAUUGACUUCAGCUACCUCCUCAGCCGAGAAGAAGGCCAACCGGGGACACCGGAGAAACCACUGUCCGAUCUCGGGCGGGUGUCAUACUAUGCUUAUUGGAAAUCUACCGUGUUGAACUACCUCUACGACCAUAGGCGGCGCUCGGAGGAGGCAGGAACCGGAUCGCGAAUGUCCUUUUCGUUGCAGCAGAUCUCGCAUGAAACCGGCAUGGUUAUUCCGGACGUUGUUCUAGCGCUUCAGCUGCUGUCGUUCAUCAAGUAUCGUAAAAUUGAUCGUGGAGGUGGUUUUAAAGUAUACCAGCCUUUAAUUUGCAUCGACUGGCGGCUGGUCGAGAAGCAACACGAGCGUAUGGUUCGAUCCCGAGCGCGACUUGCGAUCGAGAAGGAAUGUUUACGGUGGACACCGCUGUUUCUGUCUACAACCGCAUCGUUCUCGGAGGUGGAUGGCAGUAUUAUACCAAUGGAUGUUAGCGAGUUGGGUACCGGGGCUGUUGCAUCGUCCCAGGGUCUGUGUCCAGUUAGUCCCAAGCAAGAAGAUGAAUCGGAACCGGAAGAAGAAGUACAAACCAAGGCGGCCCGAAAUACAUCUGCCAGAGCAAUUGAGAGUGUGGCUCCCUCACAACAGCAGAAUCAAAGGGGAGAAAGUGCCAGAAGAAGAAAACGUGGUGCAGAAGGGUUAUUGUUGAUACCCGAAGCGGCCACACCGGCUAGUACUAGUGGAGGUUCGACGCGUAACAAAAACCUCGUAACACCUGCACAAGAGGAGCAGUCAGAUGAUGAAGAAACGGCAAUCUCCAGUAUAUCUGCGCGGAAUCCCAUCUCAUCAAUGACAGGUGGGCGUAAGCGAGCACGUGGUGUUCAGGAAAAAGAAACAACGAAAUCGGGAGGUCGGAACACUUUCGAAAGGUUACGUAAACGACGUCGGCUGGAUUCGGAAGAUACACAGGAAGAAAAGCCUACCGGUUUCAACAAUCUAGUAAAAGAUUCUUCUCCUGUCUCGUCACGGGGCAUCGGGCUAAGGAGAAAGCGUCUUAACAUGGGACUUUCUGACUCCGAGCCGGAAGUGGAAUCCGAACGAACGCGUGCCAGUGAACAAAGAGCAAAAUCGGUGAAACCUACCGGAGAUGAUGCGGUGAACGGUACUUUCAGUCAUAAUCAUAGCGUUUCGGGAAGCAGGACCAACAGUGCCGUAGAACAUUCAUCCUCACCAGCUGUCAAUACGAAACGAGCAUCCAAUUCCGGCAUGCGAAACUCGAAACGUCUGGCCAAUAGUCCGGCAAGCACUAUGGAAAGUGAGGAAACUGAGCAGCCGAGUUUGGCUGGAGAAAAAUCUAAACCCUUUCGAAACACUUCGGCGGCAGGAUCAGCGAGACAAAAACAACAUCAAACGAUCGAUCCGAUACCACCUGCCGGUUCCUCCUCGUCAUCAACACCGGCCACUACGCAAUCGCAUGCUAAGAAAGAUUCGACCGCUUCAACCGGAAGUGGAGGAACUGGCUCGAGCAGCAGUAAAAUGCGUCACAAGCCAUCACCUACCGCUGGCGGGCGUCAUAAAAAACGGCAAAGUAAAAAGCCUGUUGCCCCGGUUGCGGACGCAAGUGAGGAUUAUUCGUCGGGUGAAGCUGAUGACGAAAUGGAGGAGGAAAACCGUAGCGUUCCGGCUCCGCCCGCUGCGGCCACAGGUCAGAAGAAAUCUCCUUCUAAAUCGUCCUGCCCGGAAACCGCGGUAGUAAAAAGUAAUGAGAUAACCUCUCCACCGAAAUCAUCUCCUCGGUUACGCGAUCAGUCUGCAAGUCCUGUUGGGAAAUCUCAGAAAAAUGACACUAUUAAAAGCAAGGUCCUGGAAAGACGUUCGAAAGAAAACGUUGGAAAAAGUGCCUCCGUUUCUGUGGAUGCAUUCGAUACCAUGGCAAACACAAAGCAUUCAAAAGGCACCAGUGGCGUUCAGCAGAAGACCCAGCAGAAUACUGCCAGUGCGCAAGAGGAAACCGGUAGCAAUAAGCCGCAAACGGAUCACAAUCCGGUACAGGGCUCCGGUGUAGUGGGAUGCACUGCAAAGCAAGAUGGCCUGGCGGUCUCCAAUCGAGCGUUAGCAGAAGAAAAUUCCGUCAUCAGCAAGCCCUUGCAAUCGAGUAACAUUGAGCAAAAGGAGGACAAUCCCAACAAGAGCGAACAAAACGAGGGUGUCAUCUUGCAAGCGCCUUCGUCCGCAUCAGUCACUCCGGAGAAAGAAAACAGUCGUUCAAAAUCUAACACGGACUCUUCUCAAAUCAAGCCACCCCCGAAGGCAGCUGAGGUAACGAAAAAGUUGUCUAGCAGUGGCGUUAUUAAUGAAACACCGCUCCUGAACGGGAUGGAGAUUAAUGAGAAAAUCUCUGUGAUAACGGAAUCAAAAAACUGUUUGUCGGCGAAUGAUUCGACGUCGUUGGUGCAAACGCAAGGAGAUGUAACCGAUGCUUCAAAGGCGAGUAGUGGUGAUAAUUCAGCUGCUAAUGUAGCUGGCAAGAAGGUGUCUGCUGAGAAGAAAUCGUUAGCAGCCACUGGAGUAACAGGCGAGGCACAGUCAAUCGAUGGAAAGCAGUCCUCGUCUCUUCCAGAGCUCACACAGGAAGCUGACAGUACAAAGCGUUCGUUGGUUGUGGACCAUUCCUCGAACGGGAGUAUUUGUGCCACCAGCACUAGCAAUACGGCGAGUGUGUUGAAGAUAAAUGAAAACUACGAUAAGCAUCAUCAACACCAUCAUCAACUUUACGCCGAGUCCCGGAACCGGCCAAAGGUGAUCGUCGAUGGGCUGACGAACGCAAACGAAUGCAAACCAAAAGAAGGCUCGAUGGCUGACGGAUCGAACACAACUGAUGUUAUCAGGUCUAGGGAGGAGAAAAUUGGAACCGCUCUCGUUGGGGAAGUCAACACGUGUUCGGUGGAGCAAACGAAGUAUUCUUCAUCGGCCAAAGUGUCAUCCGUUGGUGGCACCGAUAUGGGCAUUAUUCAACAAACGCAUUCAAUCGUACCGCCUGUGAACAACAGUAGCAACAUGGCAAAUUCUAGCUCCUCCACUAACGUCCACGAGAUGGCGAUGCACAAGAAAAAGUUUAUGAAAACUAUGGACUGUGCAAAUGAUAUGCAACAAGGAUCCCAGCCGAAAUCGGCACUCUCAACGGACGCUACCUUUACUACAUGUUCGACCAUUUCGGGUGAAACGUUGGAUCAAUCUGUGAUCAAGCAGAACGACGAAGUAACGGGGUCGAAAGUGACGAGCUACACCCACAACAAUAACAACAACAGCAGCAACAUUAACAGUAGUAAUAGCAACAGCAGUGCGAAUGUGCCUGUUCCGCAAGCCUCGCCAGCUGAAGAUCAAACCAAUGGAUCAAUGAUGCCUGGUGACGUUAAGAAAGAAAAGUCACCAACGAAAGCAAGCAACACCAACUCGUCAGCGGUACCGAGCGUUCCGUUGUCGAAGGGCGCAAAAAACGACUCCCACAAAACUGCAUCUCACGGCGGUAGUACAAAAGGAUCUGACGAAUCCACCAGUAGGAUAAACAACACAAUAACAUCGUGCGCAACGGCUGUAGUGACCAGCGCAAGUGUUGCUUUUAACCACCAGCAGGAUGGCAAGCGAACCACAACGGAAUCAAACUCGGCUACAGGAUUCGGUGAAUCUAAACAGGAUCAAAAGCGUUCGAAAGAUAAAUCCGGUUUCGGCAGUAGCCCUGCCCCGAAUAGUGCUAGUGGAACCGUAACUCCAACAAGCUUGUCGGAGGAUAGCACAGUGAUGCCGAAAUCCAAUCGAAGCAACUCGACUACAUCCUCGACUAUGGAGCAGCCAUCAGGAAAGCGGUCAGGUUCGGUUUCUUCGACCUCUUCAUCCUCUUCGGGACCGACGAUAGCUGCUGCUGUCGGGAAAAGCGAGUAUCUUGCGGUGACCUCAUCCAUUGCCACGAUGACAUCAACGGCAACCGUCACUUCAAAUUCGAAACGCUCGGAAUCGAAUGCCCGCAAAGAGGCGGUUAAGAACAAUGCUUCUUCGUACGGAAGCAAUGCGCAUGGUGCCAACAGUAGCAGCAAUAGCAGCAACUCGCUGAAUCAUAUCAAAGCAGUUCAACCGGAUAAUCUCCAUCAGCACCAUCAUCACCAUCAACAGCAACCACAGCAUCAACAGCACGCGCUGCAACACGCGCAGCAACACCAGCAGCAUCCACAAGCGCAUCAGCAACAGCAUCCACAUCAGCAGCAGCAACCACAGUACCACAUGGGUGGUGGAGGUGUUGGUGCUGUUCCGAUGCAAGGAUCGAGCGUCUCCAGUGGCAUGGCAGGUUCCGCAGUUCCGGGUAACAUUCCCGUGAGCUCUACGCCCCCUGCAAGUUCAGGAGUAGCUGGAAAUGUACACAGCGGAAGCAUGAUGAUUUCCCCGAGUCCAGCUCUAGGACCUACCGGAGGGAAUAGCAAAUCAACCACACCAGAUUACGGUGGUGGCAACACGCUGAUGGGUAUGAACAAUUCAUCCUCCUGCCGGACGGACAAACAUGCAGCCAAACACUCGAUGCACGAUCCGAAAACGACGAUAGAUCUGAAUAAGGUGCCGACUCAGUUUCCGGGCAUCAAUCAGCUGCCUAGCUACGCGCCGUCUCAAUACUGGCAGCUGGAUCCGUACUACCAUCAGAGCUACAAUUUGUCGCAUCUGGACACGGGAAAUCAAAAGUCCCCGAACAAGUUCCAUCUCGAUUUGGCAACCAGCAUGGCCUACGGAAGCUUCCCGUCGAAUUUGUACCCUCCGUUCCAGCACCAGGAGCAGCAGUAUCAACAAGUGCCCCCGGCUGCUGCUACCCCGUCGUAUCAGCCUAAGGAACGAAACAACGGAAAAUCUGACCGUAAAGGUGUGAAUGCUGGAAACGGUGGCAGUGAGCAGACGGGUGGAACGUCCUCUGCGUCUUCUUCUUCGUCUGGCACGAGUAAGCACGGUAAAUCGUCCUCCAAAUCGUCCUCAAAUGCUGCAGCAGCCGCAGCUGAUGAUGCCAGCAAGUUCAAGGCGAACAAUGCAGCAGACAUCCACCACCUAUCGCAACAUUCCUCUCAGCAACAGCAGCAGCAACAACAGCAGCAGCAACAACAACACCAACAGCAACAGCAGCAACUUUGUCCCUCUCCGUACGAUACGGGACUGUUGUGUUCAAAAACGAAUCAAUAUCAUCACCUGUCCUCGGCUCAAUUGGUGCAACAUCCGCAUCAGCUCUCGCAACAGCAUCACCAGCAACAGCAGCAACAGCACCAACAUCACCAGCACCAGCAGCAACAACAGCAGCAGCAGCAACAUCACCAACAUCAUCAACAGCAACACCAGCAGCAACAGCACGCGCAGCAACACAAAACAAUCCAAAAAAGCAAAACCGACUCCGGUAACAAGCUGUCCGAUUCAUCUUGCAUGGUGGCCGGUGCAGCCAAAUCGUCCCCUUCGGUAUCGGAUCCGGCGGCCGGAUGUCACGCAUCUGUUCAGCAGCAAACAAUGCAUCUGAUGGCGACUGCAGCGGCUCAAAAGGCGGCCGCAUUCCAAACCGAGCCAGAUCUCCAUGGGGAUGGAACGCCGGGAAGUGGUUCGCAGACGGACAUGAAGCAAGGCGGUGCUCCCGGAGCGGGUGGUGAUCAUUCCAUCGGUGUGUACACACCCGAAUCGACGACCUCAAACUCGGUGCAAAGUCUGCACCAGUACGGUCAGUGCGAUAUCGACGUGAGCCAGUUGGGGUUGGAAUCGCCGGCAAGCAUAGCGAGCGAUGUGACGUCGCAAAACUCGGCCGAUGCCAUCCGACCACCGAGCGUUGUGUCCCAGCACGGUAACUCCAUCGGUGGUCCUUACUCGGACUGUUCCGUACAUCAGCAACAGCAGUUGCAACAACAGCAGCAUCAAACACAGAUGCACAUGGCGAUGCAUACGCACGUGCCGGAAACUAGUCCACAGCACCCGCCCCAGCAGAUGACAAUAAUUUCCAACAAUGGCGGAGGUGCUGGAGGUGCGGGAGCUGGCGCACCCAACGGUGGUAACAAUCGCGGUAAACAACAUCCAGCGCAACAGCAGCAGCACCUAGCCCAGCAGCAGCAAAUUGCACACGCCGGAAGCAGUAGUACGGGUCGAUCGCAACGAUCGUCCACACCGAAGGUGAGUCGAAAUACGCCUACGCCUGGGUCACAGCAGCAGCGGCAUCAAAACCGAACGACACCACCCGUGGUAAGCAACGUGAUCCAGCCGAUCGUAAGCCCUGGACAUCAUCAGCAGCAGCAGCAACAACACCAGCAGCAGCAGCAGCAGCAGCAAGCGGCGAUGCAGGCGGCUUCGAUGAAUCAGCAGCAACAGCAUCAACAGCAGCUGGCUCUACAGCAACAGAUGCACCAAACAUACGGUGCCAUCACGGGUCAGCCGCUGAAUCACCAGGUGCACAGUCAGAACAUGCAUCAGACCGCGGCAGGUGGUGGUUAUCUUGGUCCUCAGCUUGGGUUGGCCAGUCAAGCACCGCCUUACCCACAAUCACCGACCUCGUACGGCAGCGUAAUUCAGCAUCGCAUGUCGAACAAUCACACCCCGGCCAGUCUGCACAGUCCACAUCAGCGCCUGGGUGCGUCACCCGUGUCAUCCUGCGCUGUCUCGUCAGCCAACAACUUCUACGUCCAGCAGCAACAGCAGCAGCAAUCGGGUGGUGUAACCCAUCCGGGUUCACACACGCCAAUUCCGCAAGCACCAACACCUGCACCAACACCGACACCAACUCCGACACCGCAGCUGGAAUCCUGCCAGGGUGGACCACCAGGAAGCGCCCAGCAGCUGCAGCAACAACAGCAGGGACCACAAUUGUCGUGUCUCUCGAAGCUGCAGCAGCUUACGACAAAUGUGGACAUCUGCAACUCACCGGUUACGCCACCACCGUCCGCUCACCAUGUUCCCCACCCACACGGUGGUCCACCUGGCGGUCCGGGUGGAAGUGCGGGUGGUGCGAGUGGAGGCAGCGCAAACGCCGUCGUUGCACCCGGUGGAGGAUCCGGUGCCGGUAGUCACAUGGUGGCGGCGCAGAACGUGGUUCGCAACAUUUCCACCCCACCAGCGUCGAUCCAUUCGGCACAAAUGUCCACCAUCAACUACCACAAGUACUACCAGAGUAACAUGAACAUGCCGACGAUCGCACAGAAUGCUGUCACGGCUGCGGCAGUGGCCGGUGCCGCUCGAAGGAACGCUGCAGCCGUAGCUGCUUCGUCCGCGCAGAUCCAGCAUAUGGCCGCGGCAGCCAACCGGUCCAGCAGUGUCAGCCCCAACGUGGCCAUCAGCACGAACCUGAUGUCCCCGUACGGUUCGCUUAAUGGAUAUCGCAUGACGACGGCGGCCCAGUCACCCGGUACUGGCGGCUACAUCGGUAACCCGGCGGCCGGAUUCAUCCAAAACCCGGCCCAACUCGGUCCGGUGCAGAUGGGCGUGAUGAACAUGCAGUCGCAGUAUCAGGACCCGAGUGCCAUCCAGCGUGCGCAGCAAAAUUCCAUGUAUUCGUCUUACUCGGCCUAUCUGCCCGCCAUGAGGCGCUAAACGGGGCACUCGAUCGGGGUCCGCUCUUUGCACAUAGUAGGUUAGCAAAAGCCGAUUUUACCAAGAGGACAACGCCCAAUAGAAAGGGCCAACGCCUCCGUGCGAGGCUGCGCUGAGAGGAUUGACCGACGGUGGUUGCGGCAUCUACGGGAAGAGAAUGCGCAAAAGGGGGGACACGACUGCGCCCGCGCCUUACGAGAAUCGCGUCUCGCGGAACGUUUGCCAUCAUUUACGCUAGUUUACUCCUUUUCGCCAUCACCACGCCGUGCGUGUGGCGUUUUGCACGUAUUUUAUUUCAUAGUACAGUCAGCUGCAGAGUUGUUUCGCUUGCAGCAGGAUUCUGCUGCGCAGCCACGUUGAAAGCAAAGGUUUUGAUCACCGCACACCGCGUUCGGUUUGUUGGAUAUUACGGACGGAAGGAACGCGUGCAGUUGUUUAUUUGCGCUUUAUGGACACAUACCCGGUCCUGCAAGACCAAGGUUCGUUGUGUUACUUCUCUUGAUCCCGAUGUAAGCAUGCGUUGUUAGGGGGUUGUAGGUUUAAUGAGCCGGAUGCCCCGGAAAACAAUAGUCACCCCAUAUCGAAUGGAACCCAUUUUAGGCGUGCGCGUAAAUUAAGUUUAACCAUAGCAAAGAAACAAAACAAAAAACAAACAAAAAAAGAAAUGUACUAGAUAGAGAGAUUGUGGAAGAAAACGGACAGUCGCAGUGUAAUCAAAGUGGGCUUGUAAUUAUAGAAGAAAGCGCGCUAUCUCGAUUCUCAUAUUCGGCAUAUUCAUAUUGUUGCGUCAUCUGAUAGGUACGUGUCACGUUCUUUUUUAAUCAUUAUUAUCAUUAUUUAGUUAUAUAUAUACAUUGAGGAGAGAAGAGUGCUCAAAUUCGCAUUUACCCACAGAUGGGUUUUUAAAAACGAAAAGACACGAACGAGACAUCGAUCGCUCGCUCUCGGUAACGUACAACGUCUCGCGUCUCUCGCUCCAGUGGUUAAGUUAGACGUCUCGGCAUUGUGGCCCACUUCCAGGACAAGCUGCGGCCAGUUGGUGCAGCCUGGUCGGAAGGGUCGACAGUGUUUCGUGUGUUAGGAUAUAGGUGGGAGGACGGGUGUGUCGCUUCUCAGCAUUCUAGUGUCGCUUUCAUUCGGAAGGGCGCCCCUCGGUUAAGUUACGGUACGUGCGCGAGAAAGAAAACGCCGCCAUCAGAGAGUGCAGCAGUGUACCGGAAUUCAGUAGUAAUGCAAUUGUAACAAAUCGUAGACGCGCUAAUGGUGUACUAGAAGGCGAUAACUAAAUUUUACACACACCACACCAUACACACACACCUGUUGUUUGAAAAGUAUAAUAAACAAACAAAAAUCUAC